AUGUGCCAGCAAUUCGAGCAGCUCAUCGUCUGCUGUUCCGAGAACUGCACAUGGGUGCAACAUGGCGUCCGUCUUCCUCUCCUUCGUCUCAUCCCUAAGCCCGACCCGAUCUACAUUCUCUGCGACCGAGCGAUUCAGAUGGGCUACCGCCCCGAGACCAACUGCGUUGGUGUUCUCGGUCUCAGCUAUCCGCCGGUUGCGUGUACCGACUAUCUCGCCCAUCCCGACCACAAGUCCCAUAGCGUCCUCUCAGUGACUGCAUCUCGCCAUCUCAUGGAAGCGUUUGCCAACAUCCACAUUCUCUGCGCCGUUUGCCUGGGUAUCGGCCAUGCUGAUGCGGUACCCACGGCGAAUCCCACCGCCCGUCUUCACACCGGCCGCGGUGAGGCCAAUGGUCGCAAUAUGACUAUCUGCAGAAUGGCCGACGGCCGACGACGCAUCGAAGUUGAGUGGACAUGCUGUGCCUCUGGUGACUGCAGUCAAGACAGAAUGUGUUACUUCCGCGGUAGCGCUACUCUAGCUGCGCACCGUGAGAUUGAGAACCAGCGCCGCCGGGAACGUGAACGCGCUGAGCUUGAAGCUCGAAACAUUGCCGCUGCCGCUCAGGCCCAGGAACAGCGUCGUCGCAACAUGGAACGCGAGCAAGCUGAGCUUGCAGCUCGAAAUGUUGCUGCUGCUGCUCUUGUUCAGUUGAAUCAACCUCACAACCCUCGUGAGGCUUCUGUCAACCCUGAGCCGGUUCUUAACGGCCCGGAGCCUCAUCCCAUUCCAGUCGCUCAUCGACAGCCUGCUGCUACUCCUGAGCAUCAACAGACCCCGCAUCUCAAUGAGCCAACUGUUACUGCCAAUGUUCCACAAGCGGGUGUUUCAGGGGUUGAUCCAGCCAGAGUCGCCCCGCCUGCUGAACAAGCUGCUGCCCAGCAGCAAGAGAUCAUUCUUGACACGAUUGUGGUUAAUCCUUUGGGAUGCAAUGGUUGCGAGAAGUGCAAUUUUGGUAAAAAUUUGGCUCGCCGCCGUCGCCAGCGCCCUUAG